GUAAAAUGUGUAUAAGAUUUACAUUAAUUGUUUUGUUAUAUAUUUCUUGAUUUUAGUUCAUAUUACUGAUUACAGAUAUUGUAGACACAACCAAGAUGUCUUCUUUAAGCAAAGAAGAAUAUUUAAAACGGUAUUUGUCGCCGGCAGACGCAGGAGAAAAGCCCAAGAAAAAGAGAAAGAAAAAAGUGAAAACCAUCCAAGGAAAAGGAUUCAAGAUAGUUGAUGAUGAUGCAAUGUUGGAAGAACCAGUGGAUAAUGAUGAGCUGGAAAUGAAAUUUCUGACAGAGGAGGAAAAACCGGUGAUUGAAAACUUGGAUGUGAGGACGGAAGAAGAGAAAGAACUUGAUCGUUACCGAAGAAGUAAGAUGUGGAAAGCUAUGGGAGCUUCAGAGGAAGAUGAUGAUGAAGAUGGUGUUGUCAGUCUUGCUUCCGUUAAAAAGAAAAGAAAGAAAGAGAAGAAGAAGCGAUAUGAUUCGGAUAGUGAUAUAGACGUACCACGUAAGAAAGUUAAUGAAAGUGACAGCGAUCUUGAUGUUCCACGGGGAAAUACAAUGAACAAAGUCAGACAUGAUUCGGACAGUGAUUUAGAUUUACCUCGUGGUGGGGAUUCACGAAAGAAAAGUAAUAGACACGAUUCGGAUAGCGAUAUUGAUGUGCCUCGUAAUAAAACUACAAGACAGCGAAGGGAUAAUGAUGACAGUGACCUAGAUCUGCCACGAAAUGGCAGACGAAAUAAAAAUGAUUCCGAUAGCGACCUUGAGGUUACCAGAAGGACUAAAUCAAGUCGUGACAAUAAUGAUCAACGCAGUAAAAGAAACAAUGAAGCAUCGAAGAAACAUUCAAAACACUCACGAUCACGACACGACAGCGAUUCAGAUAUAAGUGUGGAGAGAAACACACGACACAACAAUGAAAAAUCUAUCGACAAAAAGAAGAAGGGUAUGAUUGGUGGGGGAGCUGGUGGUCUUACAAGUGUAACUGAUCUUCGUAAAGAAAUGGAGGAAAGAAAGAAACAAGAAUCUGAGCUCGACAAACUUGCUACUGAAUAUAAAAACGCAAAGGCUGUUUAUCGAGAGAAGGGCACUGGUAAACGAAUUGACAAAGAGAAAGAACAAAAAGAAAAAGACGAGAAGGCGGAAAAGAGGAGACAAAAAGAAGAAAAAUAUAGCAGAUGGGGUGGCGGUGUGAAGCAAGCUGAGUUGAAAGCAUCAGCUGUUGCCGACACGAUCCAUGAGUCCAACAAACCUCUUGCUCGUUACAACGAUGACGAAGAUCUUGAAACGAUGCGUCGAGCUGAGAUGCGAGCCGAGGACCCCAUGGCCGAGUACUUUGCUCGAAAGAAGAAAAAAGAAUCCGGGAAUAAACCAGAUCUCCCUAAAUACCGAGGACCCGCGCCCGCCCCCAACAGAUUUAACAUCAUGCCAGGCUACAGAUGGGAUGGCCUGGAUAGGUCAAACGGCUUUGAAAAGAAAUAUUAUGAAAAUAUCUCCAACAAACAAGCGCUAAAAGACGAGUUUUAUAAAUGGAGCGUGGGUGACAUGUGAUGGAAAGUCAGAAAUGUCCUUGGCUAUGUACUUCCUCUGAAUUAUGCAUGUGUUGUACAAUCAUGGCGAUAUCAAAACAACUGUCGUUGUUUUUAGAAGAAUUCCUUGAUAAGAAGUCCAACCGAACAUGAAUGUCUGCAUCUCAGCUAUUGUUUGCUUGCCCACAGUGAUGUCAUAGUGGUCCUUUGUCGUCAUAAUUGCUUCCACCAAGCACAAGGAGUGUCUUUCCAAACGUUAAUCAUCUUAGAAAGUUUGUUUGGCAAAUUCUUCUGGCAAAAUUUGAGAUCCACGUUUAUUCUUUUCAGCGAUUGACUUCUCCCAAGUUUGCUUGAUAUGUGGAUUCCCCUAAAAAAUUUUAAAACCUCAUAAAAUUAAUAAAUCUAUUCUAACACGGCAUCCAAAGACCAAGGUCAGGGUAAUUAAAACAGCAAAGAAAAG